AUGCACGAGGAGGAAAACCUUGCUCUUGUCAUCGACAAUGGUUCGGGGAUGUGCAAAGCCGGUUUCGCUGGAGAUGAUGCACCGCGAGCCGUGUAUCCAUCAGUCAUCGGGCGACCAAAACUCCCCGGGGUGAUGGUCGGAAUGGGACAAAAGGACGUGUACAUUGGCGAUGAAGCCGAAUCCAAACGAGGUAUUCUUACACUUCACUAUCCUGUCGAAAACGGCAUUGUGAAUAACUGGGAUGAUAUGGAAAGAUUGUGGCACCACACCUUUUACAACGAACUUCGCGUUGCGCCAGAAGAACACCCUGUACUACUGACAGAACCUCCUCUCAAUCCGAAGAGCAAUAGAGAGAAGAUGGCACAAAUCUUGUUUGAAAGUUUCAGUUCACCUGCAAUGUAUGUGGGAAUUCAGGCUGUGCUUUCACUUUAUGCGUCAGGAAGGACAACAGGUGUGGUAAUGGAUUCAGGGGAUGGUGUUACUCACAUAGUCCCCGUUUACGAAGGCUAUGCGUUGAGCCAUGCAAUCUGCCGGCUGGAUUUGGCCGGGCGUGAACUCACAGACUACAUGGUGAAAUUACUUAGGGAACGUGGGUAUGCCUUCAUCACUUCUGCAGAACGUGAGGUUGUACGGGAUAUCAAAGAACAACUGUGCUAUGUUGCAUUGGACUUCGAAUCCGAAAUGCUAGAUGCUCCAAAUUUGCCACAUUUGGAGCAGACUUACGGACUACCUGACGGACAAGUGAUUACUCUUGGAAAUGGAAGGUUUCGUUGUCCAGAAGUGCUGUUCCAGCCGUCCAUAAUUGGCCGAGAAACGCCUGGUAUACACGAAACUCUAUUUAUAUCCGUCAUGAAAAGUGAACUGGAUCUCCGUCGGGAUCUUUUCGCAAAUAUUGUGCUGUCCGGCGGCUCAACACUUUUUUCGGGAAUGGAAGACCGUUUAAAAAAGGAAAUCAGCGCUCUGACUCCACCGACCGUCAAAGUGAAAUUUGUUUGUCCUCCGGAACCUCACAAAGUUACGGUGCUAGUUAUGGUGAUUAUGAUGAUGACAGACAGAGUAGGAAACAUACACGACGACCAGUUUAUAUCCACUCCUGAAGUAAUCCAUGUUCUAAAUUAA